UUUGUGAAGUUUCAAAAUUUUAGAGCUGUCCGCAGUCACACUAAUUUGCAAGUUACCCUGGAACAGAACGGGUCGCUGCAUAUCUAGGAUCCCGCCAGGAUACAGAAGUCUAUGAAGCAAUACGUACUCAAUUUUAGCCAUUAUUGAUGUAGCACAAGCACUGGGACGUUGAUUUAUUAAAGGGGUUACAGUUUAGAAUUCUCAACAUACCCGUUCUAAGCUUCACCCUCCAGAUUAAUUAAAUCUAAAUCUUUUGUAAUCACUAACUGCUUUUUAUCGCUAUUCUUAUCAAAUUGAACCAAGAUUUCUCGAUAAGAUGGAUGUUCGGAUCAAAUAUCCUUUCAAACACUUCUUGAAAGAAGGGACUGUUUCAAAGCCUAUGAAAAAAAGAAUCGAAGUAAACAAUAGUACUCCAACAGAUAUCACGGGGUCGAAGGAUGACGAAAAUGCUUUAACGACAUCAAGCGACAAUCAAAGUCACGUUAAUUAUAGAAAAAGACUAUGGAUAAUGAAAAGAAAGCCAACAUUUAACAGGCAUCCCAAUUCAAACAGAAAUAUAAUUGAAGAAGACUGUUACGGAAUACAACCAGGUUUGUCACAAACUGAGAUAACUAAAGAAUUGAUUCGAUACGCGCAAAUGAUUAAAGAAAUACAACAAACAAACCCGCAGCUUUUCCUCCGAAAACAUCAGUAGAAAACGCAUUGUGAAACAAUCCACAUACGUUGAAAAUGCUUAAAACUACAUGCAAGAGGUCGUUUGACCAGCUGUUCCUCUUUAAUUAUUUAUUCAUCGGUAAUUUAUAACGCAGAAGGCUUAAUUUUGAAAUAGCCGAUAAUAGCAAUAUCAGUUUCUUAGUAACCAGACUUUUGUGUACAUAACUAAAUUAUUAACUACUUCAAGAUAUUACUUC